AUGGCAGAGGACCCCACACUUAUACUUCGAAAACAAAUAUCUAUAAAGGGUGUAAUACAGAUAGAUUCGGAUAAAAUCACCAUGGGAGAAGUAACCUUUCCAAUUACAACAAAAAGCACAUACAAAAACACCCGAAACCAGCAGUAUUCUCUUGCAUCUAUAUGCUAUCUCCACCUAACACGAUCUCUUGACCAUGGAGAGUAUAUUUCAUCGUGUAAAGCAUCAAACAUUGAGCCUGUUUCAUACCUAGACAGAGAAAGGAUUCUUGAAGAUCUGCUGGCCCCGCUUCCUCAAACCAAAAUCACUCUUAUGAGAAAAACCCGAACACAUCCAAUCGACAUUUCAAAGAUACUAGACGCAUAUGCAGAGUUGAAAGCCAUACAGCCAACAGGAGUGCAGUACAUCCUUCUCCCAAGAGACGAUGCAUCUAUCCGAGCUAUACUAUUUGAAAAGCACAUAAAAAAUGACAGAAAGAACAUUGUAGAAUAUGGAAAACACAAGUUCAAGCUGAUAAAUGACCCUGAAGACGUAGAGUCUAUUGAUAGGAUUGCAGCUGUCUUUCUGGACGGAUCAACGUGGCAGUUUAAUGGCUGGCCUGCCACACUUACAGCCCGCAUGAGCCACAUUCCUAUAUUUUUCCUGCUGCCCAGUAAUACGCUUACGCCCCCAGUGCUUUCAUUCUCUGCUACUAUACUCAGAGAAGACGUGCCUGGCGAUGAUUCCAAUAGAGCUUCAGUUGCCUUCUGGUCCAUUAUGGGUGUUCCCUCAGCAGAGCAAGAGUAG